AUGUCACGUACGUCGCCAAAGAUUCACUCACCCAGAUUGCACCAACCACUCCCUGACACGAUCGGUACCACCAUCUUCAUAUCCAACUUGCACUGUCCGUCAUGCGUAGACAGUAUCCGGGAGUCCUUAAGCUCACUCCAACCUGCUCCCGAUUUCAUUUCUCACUCUAUUGUUUCUCAUUCGGUCGUUCUCCGUCACAGUCCAUCCCUUACAGCAAAGGAUAUAUCCGAAUCUCUAGAGGUUGCUGGCUUUGAAGUACACAGCAUUUUCCAAGACAAACACCCAUCGCACGACCUGGUCGAGGUUCGGAACCCAGAGGAGCACGACGCAGAGUGGCAGAACAGUUUGGAGCAGGCUGUUUCACACUGGCAGCACUCUCGUGGC